UCCUUACCUACCCCGCGUGACCAAAAGAGACGCGACAUUUUUGUUCUCUUUGUUUUUGUAUCGAAUUGAUAAACUGGCAAGAGAAUUGGCACUAUUCGAUUCCCUUUUCGAACCCAUCUGUGUGUGUGUUAGAGACAAGCAUUUCUUCUUCUAUACAUAACUCUGCGUGUCUCUCGAUUUUGUCUGUUUUAGACCCAUGUAUGUAUUUGUAUAAUUUCUCUAACUCCCAUCACUUUCAACAUCUCCGUUAACUUAUUUCCUAAUCAAUCAUCAACAAUCAUUUUCUUCUCCUCCUCGGUUUCUUCGUCAAUCCCACCAUCUAUCUAUAACUAUAACUACUGUAAUGUCUGCUACGGCAUUUCACCAAGCCAUUGGGACCCUUCAGUCCCAUGGAUAUUUCAUCAACUCUGGCUUUCAGCAAGAAUGGGAAUACUUCAUUGCAGUUGAUCUCAAAGGGUUUCAGAGUCGAUAUUGGGCUCUCGAGGAGAGGAAGUUAUUGCUCUAGAGAGAGGAGUUAUGUUGUUGCUCAAGCCUCUUCUUCUCAGACUUCAGUAUUCAACCCGGUUUCAUCCCCAUCAAAUACCACCACCACUGACUCUCGAAAGAAAUCAAAUGAAGCAGCCUUGAUCCUAAUUCGCCAUGGCGAGUCUUUAUGGAAUGAAAAGAACUUGUUUACAGGUUGUGUAGAUGUGCCAUUAACCAAGAAGGGUGUGGAAGAGGCAAUUGAGGCUGGUAAGAGAAUCAGCAACAUACCUGUCGACUUAAUCUAUACAUCUGCACUGAUUCGUGCACAGAUGACUGCUAUGCUUGCCAUGACGGAGCACCGUCGCAAGAAGGUGCCUAUCAUUAUGCAUGAUGAGAGUGAGCAGGCGAAGUCAUGGAGUCAAAUUUUCAGCGAAGAAACCAAAAAGCAAUGUAUUCCAGUUAUCACAGCUUGGCAACUGAAUGAAAGAAUGUAUGGGGAACUACAAGGUCUUAACAAACAAGAAACAGCAGAUAGAUAUGGAAAGGAACAAGUUCAUGAGUGGCGCCGUAGUUAUGACAUACCUCCACCUAAUGGCGAGAGUUUGGAAAUGUGUGCUGAGAGAGCUGUUGCUUACUUCAGAGAACAUAUUGAACCGCAACUUGUAUCUGGAAAGAAUGUAAUGAUAGCCGCCCAUGGGAAUUCAUUGAGGUCCAUUAUUAUGUAUCUCGACAAAUUAACAUCCCAAGAGGUUAUUAGCCUAGAACUAUCAACUGGGAUACCGAUGCUUUACAUAUUCAAAGAGGGAAAAUUUAUGAGAAGGGGAAGCCCUGUUGGACCUGCUGAGGCAGGGGUUUAUGCUUACACUAAGAGUUUGGCUCUCUACAGGCAAAGGUUAGAUGAGAUGUUUCAGUGAUGAUCAUAUCAGUCAGAGUCUUACCUUUUGUUGCAUUUCCAAUCUGCAUAUGUAUCUGUGUCAUGUUCAAGGUGAAAAGCUGUUAUGCAUAAGCACGUUCUCUGAAACUGUUAUAUCCAUCAUAAAGCUGGUUACUGCUCUUUUGUAGUUUUUGUAUUUCUUUUAGGGUUACAUGUUUAUGAUAGGUUGUGAAGUUUAAUCAUAUGAUAGAAACUGAAAUCAGAUGAUAUUAAUCUCGGACUUUUGAAUCCCUUUGUGAAAUUCACAGACUUCGUAAUGUAGGGAUUUUCGAUCAUAGGGAAGAAAGAUGUUUACUAGGCCUUAGAAUUGUAGUAUCAGUGAUGGCAAGGUGUUUUCCAGUCGCUAUAUACACAUGAAAGGUUUAUUUUGUACCAGAUAUGAAAUUUAGCUUCAAAUGGAUUGUAUGAAUAGCGUGUUUUGGUUGUGUCAUGGAAA